AUGGUCAAAAAUUCAUUCAUUUCCAUUAUUCCACAAGAAGAAAAAGAAGAAAACAAAGGUUCUGUUGAAUUUCAAGUAUUCAGCUUCACCAAUAAGAUACGGAGACUUACUUCACAUUUGGAAUUGCACAAAAAAGAUUUUUUAUCGCAAAGGGGUCUACGAAAAAUUCUAGGAAAACGUCAACGGUUGCUGACUUAUUUGUCAAAGAAAAAUGGAGUACGUUAUAAGAAAUUAAUUGGUCAGUUGGAUAUUAGGGAGCCAAAAACUCGUUAA